UCGGCACAACCACAAGCGUGUCCCCGCGAACUGUCCCCUGCACGGCCGCACCAACAUCUCUCUCGCCACAGCCCGCGCCCCGCGCAACCUUCUCAAAAACCCCUCGUCGCGUUCGCACUUACAACCUUCAUCAAACACCCGUUGGGCGUCUCCUCCCCACAGUCCCACGCCCACCGCGCCGCGCGGCUUCCGAGAAUGGCACGGCACGCCAAAACGGACUCCGACGUGACGAGCCUGGCGCCGUCCUCGCCGCCGCGGUCGCCACGCCGCCCGGCCUACUACGUGCUCAGCCCGGCCGCCUCCCACCCGGACGUCGUCCACGCCUCCGGCGGAGUGGCGGCCGCUGAGAAGAUGUCGCUAGCCGGCUCCACCCCGGCCGAGUCGCCGCUCCACUAUCAUUUCCAGCACCACCCGGGGGUCGGCGUGCACCACUCCCGGGAGUCCUCCACGGGGCGGCUCCUCUUCUCCGACCAGCUCCGCUCCGGCGGCGCCGGCGGCACGGCUGGCAGCGCCCCCUGGCGCCGGCUCGGGCACGGCAGCGGCGCGGGCAGCGUCGGCGACGACGAGGACGAGGACGAGUCCUUGCACGGCGCUGCGGCGUCGCCGUGGAGGUGCUACGCGCUCGGGGCGUUCGCGUUCUUCGCCGUGUUCGCUUUCUUCUUGCUCGUGCUGUGGGGCGCCAGCAAGUCCUACAAGCCUCACGUCGUCGUCAAGAGCGUGGUGUUCGAGUCGUACCACAUCCAGGGCGGCACGGACCGGACGGGCGUCCCCACGAAGAUGAUGUCGGUCAACGCGACGGUCCGGCUGCGCUUCCGCAACCGCGGCACCUUCUUCAGCCUGCACGUCACCGCCACGCCGUUCCUCCUCUUCUUCGACGACCUCACCGUCGCCUCCGGAGACAUGAAGGAGUUCUACCAGCCGCGGAAGAGCGGGCGGGUCGUGACGGUGUCCGUGGUGGGCAAGCAGGUUCCGCUCUACGGCGCGGGCGCGAACCUGCACAGCAAGCCCAACAACGGCCGCCUCGGCCCCGCGGUGGUGCCCGUCAGGCUCGCCUUCGUGCUGCGGGCGCGCGCCCACAUCCUCGGCCUCCUCGUCAAGUCCAAGUUCUACCGCCGUGUCCACUGCGGCUUCGACAUCCGCGAGGCCCACCUCGGCAGGCCCGUGCGCGGCGUCGCCGCCGACUGCGAGUACCACGACGGCAGGUGACAUGAACCUUUCGGUCGUCGGCGAGCAGAUUCGUGUUGGUUAGUAAGUGUAUUGGGUGGCUAGGUCAGAACUGAGACCUAUGUGAUGAACUGAUAAGCUGUAAUUGAUUGGCUGUAGGCUCGUAGAGUUCGUAACAUGAAGACGAACCAUUCUGAUGUAACAGGGACAUGGACUUGAGCGGAUUUAAAAACCAGGAGAGGACAUUAUAUAUGUACGUCAUGCUUGAUCAUGCUGAACUUCUUG